GAUCGACCGUGUUGGCCGACAACUCGACUAAACAACUUCUCGUGACCAUCCAAACCGGUAAACACAUCCCACUGUAUAGGAUUAGAGGGGCACCGACCACGGCAGGAGUAUAUUGGCUUCGAAAAUCCGAACAGUGGAGACUCAGCACAAUCAUCCGAGUCGCCGCAACAGCCGUUGGGUGCUUACAAAAUUCACAGCGGCUUCACUAUUGCUAACACGACAUAGCCACAGGGCGAAGCAAUUAUUCUACAUAGAAAAAUCUAAUAUUAAUCGACGAGAUUAGAGAGAUCUUUGUAGAACAGAAAUAAUAAUAAUAGUAAUAAUAAUGGUCUUGCCACUGACCAACGAACAGCUGAAAGCCAUUCGGGACACUUGCCCGAGAACGCAAUCGGAAAUCGAUCAAGACUUGGCCAUCCUCAGGCACUGGCUGGACAAGCAACACCAUUUGCCAAAAAUCAGCGAUGAAAUGCUAAAAAAAAUUAUGUUUAGUUUAAAGUACCGAAUGGAAAAGAUCAAGACUGUAAUCGACAACUUUUACACCGUAAAAGAAAUAUUCCCUCAGAUCUACACGCAACAAGAUCCAACCACGGAAUCGUACCGUAAACACGUGGACGCGGCGUAUAUGUUUCCAUUGCCGAAACUCACGCCAGAAUUGAACAGAGUGCUGUGUUAUCGAAUGGCUUCGACUGAUGCCAGAGAUCUUGUUUUGGACGAACAACUUAAACGCAACGAAAUGAUGUGGAGUUGGCUGUUCGACUACGAUCCGUUGACUUUGGGUGAUGUUUGGAUUUUCGAUUUAACCCAUAUGGAUACAAUGGCACAUUGGGCACAAUUCAACGUGGCAUUUAUGAAGAAACUCCUUAAAAUUAGCUUGGACGCAAAACCGGUUAGGAUUAAGAGAGUACAUUUUGUGAACAUAUCCUCGGUUGCUGAGACUACACUUAAUUUUGUAAAACAUUUUUUCCCACAAAAAUUCAAGGAUAGGCUUAUAUUUAAUUCCAAAACUGAAGGGUUGUACGAAUAUUAUCCUAUAGAUAUGUUACCAAACGAAUGGGGUGGCAAAGCUGGCAGUAUGGAAUCUUUAAACGAUGAUUUGCACGCGGAAUUUAUUAAGCGUAGCGACUGGUUUGUUGAAAUGGAACACGUCAAAGCUGAUUCUAGCAAACGUGUAUCGCAAAAAAUCGGAGGUGAUCAAACUAUUUUAGGAGUUGAAGGAAAUUUCAAAAAGUUAUGCGUUGAUUAAUAUGUAGUCAGCAAUGUAAAUAAUGAUAUCUAGACAUCUUUUAUUUUUACUACGAUAUUUGUAAUUGGUUGACAACAUUUUAUCUUUGUUGAAGGUUCUUUGGUUUUUGUAUUAUGCGUCGACUUUAGGUUUAAGUAUAAUUUGUGAUAUGUGACACUCAUUUCUACUCUGAUUUUUUUUAAUUAUAAUUAUAAGUGUAUAUACUAUAUACCAAUAAACUUUAGUAUUAAAAUAAUAGUAGUUCAUUUUAAAGAUGUAAGUGAUAGUUCGAGAAUAAAAUAUUUUAAUAUACUUAUUAUACACAUAUUCAAUUACUACGCUUAUUAUUUUUAAAUGGUCACACACAACACUGACCAGUUAAUAAGAGCACAGAAUAUCAAUUAUACUAUCAUGAACGGUAAUAAAUAGUUGUAAUGCGGUUUUCGGCGGUACUACAUUCCUUUUUUAGUUGCAUUUACGACCGGUACAAGAUGUUGUAAAGGAUUAAGUCAAUAGUAUACACAUGUUACUUAGGUGUAUUGUUGUUGCCUAAGCGCUACCCCUCAUAUUGGAAAAAUAUUAAAUGACAGUGUGUUGUAGUAUUUAUAUUUAUAUAAUAAUUUGUAAAUAAAUAGAAGUAUUUCUUAAGGUAAUUGCUAUGGUUACAUCAGACACAUAUCAAACAUGUUAAUAAUAAUUUUGUGUUGGUUAUAGCUGUAAUAGCUUAUAGGCUACUUAAAUAACAACUUUUUUUUAAGAUAAUAAAAUUAUCUAUAGUUAUUUCUUUAGCAAAUAAGAAAAUAUGUUUUGUUAUUCGUAGUUUUUGAUGUUUUUCAGUAAAAUGUAACUGGUGAAUGGUAAUUAG